AUGCCCAAAGAAAGAAGGAAUACUACCAUUGCUUAUAUUUCUACCAUUUCGGAAAAAUUGAAAACUGAACCUGAAAUUGAAGAUAACGAAAACGAUAUUCAUUAUUUAUCAAACGGAUAUGGUUUAGAUGAAAACAAGGUUAAAAGUCUCAUUGAACACGAUAUUCAUGAUUUAUCAAACAAACAUGACUUACAUGAAAAUUUGGUUAAAAGUCUCAUUGAAACCUUUCCCGAAGAACCUUUUGAAAAUUUGAUGCAAGUUUUAUCAGCCACCUCUGAUCGACCGUAUUCUGAUAAAGACCAAUUUGCAUCAUUAUAUGCUAAAGAAAAAUUCUAA